CAAUAAAAUGAAUGGAAAUGUAGACAAAUGUUUAGAUAAGUAAUUAAGUAAUUGAUUAAAUAUAAGGCAGAAUACGGUUUAUCUGAAGAACAAGUGGCGGAAUUCAAGGAAGCGUUUAUGCUAUUCGACAAAGACCUCGACGGAAGGAUUACUGCCACAGAAUUAGGAAUUGUUAUGAGAUCUUUGGGUCAAAGACCCACCGAUAUAGAGCUCAAAAACAUGGUAACAAUGGUUGACCAGGAUGGGAACGGAACCAUAGAAUUCAAUGAAUUCCUUCAUAUGAUGUCUAAGAAAAUGAAAGAAACCGAUAAAGAAGAGGAACUGAGAGAAGCGUUUCGAGUAUUUGAUAGGAAUGGCGACGGAUUUAUUAGUGCUUCAGAACUGAGACAUGUUAUGACAAACUUAGGGGAAAAGCUUACGGACGAAGAGGUCGAGGAUAUGAUAAGGGAAGCAGAUCUGGACGGCGACGGGUUAGUCAAUUACGACGGUUUGUAA